AACCGGAAGCUGCUAGCAGAGCUAGCUUGUUGUUCUGGUGUGUGAGGAGAAUAUUUGAGGCUCUGCAGUAAAAAUGUCUUCACUUCAGUCUCUGGGAGAGUUGAUCAGCUAAAGCGACUAACUGCUGCUGCUGCAGAAAUCUUCUCACCAGGCUGUGGAAACUUUCUUCUCCUCCUCAACAACUUGGUGGAGUUCUUUCCAGAACCGGAGAAGAUAUUCUGCGGUCUUCGUGACAAUCGGAGCUCCAGAAUCAGGUUGUGGAUUGAAGAGGUUCCCUCUAUCAGACUCGCUCAUCUGAGUUGGUCAUGAUGCAGGAUCGCUGCUCGCUCUCUCAUCCAUCCUGCUCACACUCUCCGACGGAAAAGCCCCGAAUCUGAAUGUGACUCUGGAGGAAAAAGCGGUUAGCUCUACUCCGGGAACUCUGCUGUUAGCUAAACACGGCUAAAGAAAACCUGCUACCACUUCAGGAUCUGGGACUGAUUCAUCGUGUGUUCUUCACCACCUGGACCUGGACAGCAUGGACACAGAUUUUUAUCAGCUGGUGCUGGUUAAAGAAGAAGCUCCUGAAGAACAGAGUGGUGGUGUGGACCAGCAGGACCCAGAAAGUCUAACCAUAAAGGAGGAACUCUGGACGAGUCUAGAGGAACAUCAGCUUAAUUUGAAGGAGGAGACUGAUGGUGCCAAGUUUCCAUUCACUGCAGUUUCUAUAAAGAUUGAGGAUGAUGAAGAGAAACCUCUGUUCUCACAGCUUCAUCAGCCAAAAAUAGAAUACAGAGAUGUCCCAACCAGCAGCUCAACUGACAUGAAGACAGCAGAGACUGGUGGAGGAGCAGAAACUAACAGAAACCCAGAUCUGAACCCACAUGAACAGACUUUCGAUUCUUCAGAGACGGAAGUGAGUGGAGAUGAUGAUGUGAAUCCAGACUCUGAGCUGUCAGAGCCUAAAACUGGGGAUUACAACGAUGACUGGAAUGAGUCAGGUGUUAAGUCUGUCAACAAAUCCUUUAGCUGCCCUGAGUGUGGUAAAGUGUUUCUCCACAAGUCGUCUCUCCAGAGACAUGUGAGAGUGAAAGGUCAUUCAGCAAUAAGGCCUUCAGGCUGUUUGGUUAAUAGGAAAAGUGUUAAAGUGAAGCAACAUGUAGACUCGUGCUGUAAAGUCCAAAAAGAACUAACAGCAUUUAGUUGUAAUGACUGUGGAAAAAUAUUUAGCAAAAUAAAAUAUCUAAACACACACGUUAGACUCCACACAGGACAGAAACCUUUUACCUGUCAACUGUGUGGACAAAGAUUUAACAGAAAAGCAUAUUUAAAUAGCCACAUGAACAUACACACAGGACAGAAACCUUUUACCUGUGAACUGUGUGGACAAAGAUUUAGCAGAAAAUAUUAUUUAAAGGACCACAUGAGCAUACACACAGGACAGAAACCUUUUGCCUGUCAACUGUGUGGAAAAAGAUUUCGCAGAAAAGCAUAUUUAAAUAGCCACAUGAGCAUACACACAGGACACAAACCUUUCACCUGUGAACUGUGUGGACAAAGAUUUAGCAGAAAGGAUUAUUUAAAGGGCCACAUGACAGUCCACACAGGACAGAAACCUUUUUCUUGUGAGCUUUGUGGACAAACAUUUACUCAAGAUGCAAGUUUAAACUAUCACAUAAGAGUCCACAAAGGACAGAAACCAUUUGCCUGUGAACUCUGUGGACAAAGAUUUACUCAAAAGACAAGAUUAAACAAUCACAUGAGCAUCCACACAGGUCAGAAACCAUUUGCCUGUGAACUUUGUGGAAAAAGAUUUAUUAAAAAGACAAGUUUAAACAUUCAUAUGAUUGUCCACACAGGUCAGAAACCAUUUGCCUGUGAACUUUGUGGAAAAAGAUUUACUGAUCAGCAAUAUAUGAAAAGACACAUGAGCAUCCACACAGGACAGAAACUAUUUGCCUGUGAACUCUGUGAACAAAGGUUUACUCAAAAGACUAGUUUAAACAUUCACAUGAGAGUCCACACAGGGCAUAAACCUUUUGUUUGUGGGUUCUGUGGACAAAGAUUCACUUAUAAGCAUACUUUAAACAGCCACUUGAAAGUCCACACAGGACAGAAACCUUUUGCCUGUGAACUCUGUGGACAAAGGUUUACUCGAAAGACUAGUUUAAACAUUCACCUGAGAGUCCACACAGGACAGAAACCGUUUUCCUGUGAACUCUGUGGACAGAGAUUUGCUCAUAAGCAAAGUUUAAACAGACAUUUGCGCAUCCACACUACGGAAAAGGCCACCCUCGUCUCCAAAGGCGUUUCAGUGAAUUUGGGAGCACAUCCAAGUGACCUCAGAACCGCAGACCGCGUGUGACCACACCAGCCCAGGACCUUCACAUGCAGCAGGAUCACCUGAGACCAGCCACCCGUACAGCUGUAGUAACAAUCAGUUUGCAUAACCAAAAAAUGUCUGCCUCCUGGAUUUCUGCCCCCCACCCCUCCAAAAAAAAAAAGCAAAACUGUGAAUGUGUUAGGGUGUCCUUUUAUUGUGGGCAGUCAAGGCACACUUGUACAUUAUUCAUGCUGUCUAGUGUUUACCUGUGAGGUGGGAUGGAUUAUCUUGGUAAAAGAAAGGUGCUCACUAACACACAUGUAGACAGAUUUCAAAACAAUAUUUGAGAGUCAUGGGUGUUGUGUGUAGAAAAAGUUUCAGAUGUUUGAAUUCCGCUCAUGAAAAAUGGGAGCAAAAACAAGUGUCGCAUUUAUAUUUUUGUUGAGUGUAGAAAAAAUAAUUUUGGAACAAUAUUACCUGUCGUAUGUGCUGCUUAUCUUAAUUUUCAAAAAUAAACUAAAGUUUGUAAAAACCACAAGUCUGUGACACAGUUUUGGUUUCUGCAGAAGCGAAUUCUUCCUGUGAUUAUUGAUCUACACACCUGAAGGUUUGUGUGAGAUAAUAUAAUUCCAUGUCCCUGUAACAUUACCUAAACUAGAACUAAAAACAUCAGAUAGAAUGACAUUUUCCGCUAACGGUGGUUCAGAGACAUCCAAUAAACAGCUGAGAUAAACUCACCUCCCUGCAUCUCCUGCAUUAAUUUUUCAGCUUUUGAUACUGUCUGCCCCAUAUGGAUCAUUAGAAUAUUCAGAAAUGUUUUCAGAUGUGUAGUGCUUAAUAAUUCAUAAUAAUUAUAUAACUUUCAUAUUCUGUUGAUUUAGUUUUCUUAGCAGAGUGAGUGUCUAAACAUCAUUUCAACCAUUUCAUUUGAACAGAGUAUUGUAGCAGUAAAAAUAUGUAACUAUAUGUAACUAUCACUGAACUGUAUUUUCUUUUAACGUUGAAUUUAAACCACCAGAUAGUUCCUUAGUGCAGUCAAAUCUGCAGCUCACCACUCCCUACGGGGAUGGGUCAAAUGCAGAGAUGUAAUUGCACCAGUGUGUGAUGGUGACUAUGGGACUUUAACGAUUAAUCAAUAACAACAGAGGAUCAAAUACAUCCUCCAGAGAGGACGAAAGAGAAAAUGUAUAUGAUGUUUAUAAACCAGAUGUGGGGUGGUGGGAUUCGGUCCCCAGUCUCCCGGGUGAAAGACACACACACUAACCAAAGGGACAUGCCUUUGGCCAAGUAGCCAGAGU